AUGGCGGAAAUUGAGCCGAUGCAAAUCGACGGUGCAGAGCACAUCAAGCCGGCAACCGACGGGCCAGGUCAGAAGAAGAAGCAGCUGAAGAGAAAAAGAGUGCAGCCGUGUUUGCUCCCCCAAAGCCCAGAGGAAAAACACGCGAAAAUCAUUGCAUUUCGCAGUGAAAUCAACAGGCUUGUUGAGCUGUGUAAGGUUUUAGUGUUCGAAAACAGGUGGGAAUUAUUGGAAAAUGUGGAGAAAGUUCGGAAAUCAAUGAACAGUGUGAUUGCGUGCUUAAUGGAGGAAAGUGACCUUCCUUUAUCUAGGUUAGUUGAUGAGAUUUUUGAGAGAGUUAAUGGCGUCAGUGGGGUUAGUGACGGCGUUAGCAAGGCUUCUGUCAAAAGUAGUGUGCUUAUAAUUGGACAGAGACUGUGUUAUGGGGUGAUUAGUGCCGAUGCUGAUGUUUUGGAAGAUGAUUCUGAGUCAGCUCUUUGGUGCUGGGAGACAAGAGAUUUGAAGUUGAUACCACCACUAAUUCGUGCCUCUCUGAAAGUUCGCCGCACUUGUCGGAAAAAGAUUCAGGAUAGGAUUAUGGCUGUUUCUGCUACGAUAAAUGCCCUGGAAAGGUCAGAAGAUAGUCCAAGUUUUGUGCAAGAACUGACGAAAGCUUCAGAGAAACUCAAUAAAGUUUUUAAUGAAGAUGAUAUUCGGCUGUUAGUGGAUAACAUGACACAUAAAGUUGGUUCUGAAAUAGCUGAGAAAGAGACCAAGAGAGAAGAAAAACUGUUAAUCAAGCAGAUGGAGAAGCGCAAAUGUGAAAAGGAGAAAGAGAGGAAGAGGAUAGAUCUGGAACUUCAGAAGGAAAAAUUGCAUAGUGAGAAAGAGCUAAGGCGGUUGCAUGAUGAGGCAGAAAAGGAAGAAAGGCGGCGCGAGAAAGAAGAAAAUGAAAUUCAGAAGCAGCUGAGAAGGCAGCAAGAGGAGGCCGAGAAAGAACAAAGGCGUAAGGAAAAGGAAGAAGCUGAGUCAAGAAAACGUCUGGCUCUCCAAAAGCAAGCGUCACUCAUGGAGCGUUUUCUUAAGAGAAACAAAACUAAUUCUUCGUCUCAAAAGGACAGCCCCAUGAAUAAUGUAACCACAUCAGGUUCACCUUCGAACAUGCCUGAGAAAAUGCCUGGAUCUGUUACUGUAACAAUGGAUUCAAUAUUGGCCCACAAUGAUGGAGCUGAAGUGGAAGUCAUAUGGAGUUCACACUUAAAUGCCUGGCAUAGCAUUGGACGCUUGAUGCAGUUGAACAGGAAAAUGCAUUGGGGCAUACGUCAGAAGCCAAAAACCGAGCUGGUCAAGGAAUUAAAGCUUACUACCAACAAAGAACUGUAUUGUGAUGGGGACUUGAACGAGGAGAAUCUUGAUGUUGGAUGGGUUGAUUCCAAUGCUGACAGAACAUCUUCUCAUCUGAACACUGAUGAUAAUCCUAUUACCUGUGAUAGGAAGCGUAUUCGAGCUAGGAAGCUGUUGCAGUUUGAUAAGAGCUAUAGGCCUGCGUUUUAUGGGGUUUGGCCCAACAGAAGUCAAAUUGUUGGUGGACGUCAUCCUUUUGUGAAGGACCCUGAUAUCGACUAUGAGAUUGAUAGUGAUGAGGAGUGGGAAGAGGAUGAACCUGGUGAAAGCUUAUCAGAUUGUGAUAAGGACGAGGAAGAAAAUAUGGAAGGACAUGUUAAGAAUGACGAUGAGGAUGAAAGUGAAGAUGGGUUCUUUGUUCCUGACGGAUAUCUGUCAGAGAAUGAGAUUUUACUUCCGGCGCAGGGUGUAGACACUGAUUGUAGGAACUCUGAUGAUUUGGUUGAAGAUUUAAAAAAUCCGCUGAACUCCGAGCAGCAAAUCCAGAGUGAAGAAUUUCGUACAUUACUCCGCCAACAGAAGUACCUGAGCAAUGUAACCGAUCAUGCACUUAGAAAGAAUUGCCCGUUGAUCAUUAUGAAUUUGAUGCAUCAAAAGACCACACUGCUAUCAGCAGAUGAGCUCACUGGUACAGACAAGCUUGAAAGGAUGUGCUUGCAAUCUCUUUCUAUUCGUCCAUUGUCCGGUUUACCACAAGUAGAUAUAUCAAUUCAUUGUGAUGUGGUAGUCGAGGAAAAUGAAGCUUUUCAUGACACGCCAAUUACAACACCUCCUCCUGUAACUAGUGCAGCUAUUCUGGAGUCAGACUUGCCCCAGAUAAUAUCGAUCAUUCAGUCAUGCCCAAGUGGCAUUGAUAGAAUUGGGAUAUUACUGAAGAAAAAGUUUCCAGCUCUCCCAAAAUCCCAUCUAAAGAAUAAAGUGAAAGAAAUAUCGGAGUUCUCUGAUAACCGUUGGCAGGUUAAGAAAGAAAUUCUGAGCAAGUAUGGCCUAUCUGUAUCACCAGAAAAAUUUCGAAAGACAAGGACCAUAGCGUCAUUCUUGAAAAGAUGUCUGCCCCCUUCAGGAAACACUGAAAGCUUAUGUGAAACAUCUCCACAGAAAAAUGCACCCAGUAUUGUUCCAGCAAAACUGCUCAUGGAGCAUCAGUGAGAGAUUACUGCAUGUGUAUAACUAGUGAUUGAUUGCCUAAUGUUGUAGGUUUUUUUAUGCAAUUUAGUUCUAUAGUUAUUAUUGAUUACUGCAUAAAAUAUAUAUAAGAAACUAAUAAUUAUUUAUAAUAUGUUAUUCUCAUGGAGGAUCAGUGAUUGAUUACUGCAA